UAUGGAAAUAGUGAUCGGAUUGCCAACGACACCAUCACCGUUGUCCUCCUCCAGGACCUCCACUGAUCCUCCUUCUCGUUCACGGUGGUGGACACAGCUACAAUCAUUAUUCCUUCGUCGUAAAGAACUCACUAAAAAUGAGAAAUUAGCUUUACAUAAACUCAACUUGUACGUCAUGUUCACGGUCUUUCCUGUCUUUACCAUUACCGUCAUUUUUCUCGGUAUCAGGCUACCUCACUGCCACGCCAACUUCUCCGUCGAAUCCAUCUCCGUUACUCCCUCCUCUUCAUCCACGUGGUGGCACGUCGAUUUCCUUGUGGAAAACCCGAACUCAUCGAGUUGUCUUGUCUACUACAACGGACAUAACGUGCAAGCUAAGGUUGGUUCCUUAAACGCCGCUGUUUUGGAAACCUCUCGUAGGGAUGAUUCGAGUGGCCGCCACACGAGUUUCUUGGUAGAUUUAGCCACGGAGGGUAAUCAUAGCCACGUCUUUGCAGCCUCUCCUAGAGGUUUCGAAUUAGAACUGAAACUUAGUGCCAAGGAUUAUCUUUCAGUUGGACAUUUCGAGAUCAGGUGUCAAAAUCUCACUAUCGGUUAUGAGAAGAUUAGGUGCUAUUCCUCUUUCCAAAGAACUCGUUUUGAAUGUUGUUAA